CAGUUUAAACAAGAACCAAGUUCAUGUUCUUGUGUCCCCCUAAAGAGGAGGAACUCUGUUCAUUUUGACCCUUUCAUCUUCCAAUACAACCCUGAAAUCACAGCUUUCUCUAUAUAUAAUCCAAAUCAUUCCCCAAAUUAAUCACAACCCAACUCCCAAAAAGCAUCCAUUUUCACUCUCACCCAUUACAAGAGAUUGACCCUAUGGGCGGAGCAACGAUCGUCCCCACCGCGUGGGCCGCUGUGAUUACCGUGGCGGCGAUGGCGGCUGGCGUUGCAGAGGGAGGAAUCGGCGUGAACUGGGGAACAUUGGCAUCGCACCCUCUGAAACCGAGCAUUGUGGUGAACCUGCUGAAGGAUAAUGGAAUUAAAAAAGUGAAGCUCUUCGAUUCCGACACUUGGACUGUAUCAUCGCUGGCUGGUUCUAAAAUUGAAACCAUUAUUGGCAUUCCUAAUGAUCGCCUUAAGAAAUUUGCUGAAAGCUACAACGAAGCUAAGAAUUGGGUUAAAGAUAAUGUUACCGUUCAUAUGUACGAUGGCGGCGUCGAUAUCAGGUAUGUGUCUGUGGGAAAUGAAGCUUUCUUGACGGCUUACAAUGGAUCCUUUGUGAACGUCACGUUUCCGGCGAUGCAAAACGUACAGAAAGCUCUCGACGAAGCCGGCCAUAGCAAAAAAAUCAAGGUCACCACUGCCCUCAACGCUGACGUCUACGAAGCCAAGUCUAAUCUACCGUCCGACGGCCAAUUCCGGCCAGACAUUUACAGUAUCAUGAAGGAGAUAGUCCGCUUCCUCGACCGUCACGAUGCCCCUUUCAUGGUCAACAUUUACCCUUUCCUCAGUCUUUACCAAAACCCUAAUUUCCCCAUCGAUUACGCCUUCUUCGGCGGCAGCGGACAGUCCAACAAUGACAAUGGCAAAUCCUACACCAACGUCUUCGAUGCCAAUUACGACACGCUGAUUUGGUCCUUGAAGAAAGUCGGCUUCCCCAACCUGAAAAUCGUCAUCGGAGAAGUCGGUUGGCCGACGGACGCCAACGUAUUUGCGAAUGUAACUCUGGCGAAACGAUUCUACGACGGCUUGUUCGAGAAAUUGGCCUCUGGCGAAGGAACUCCAAUGAGGCCGAAGGAGAGCUUCGAGGUGUACUUGUUCGGGCUUUUGGACGAGAACGCAAAAAGCGUUUUGCCAGGUUUUUUCGAGCGCCAUUGGGGGAUUUUUCAAUUCGAUGGAAAACCUAAAUUUCCAAUGGAUUUAUCGGGGAAAGGAAACGACAAAAUGCUGGUGGCGGCGAAGGGAGUGCAGUAUAUGGAGCGAAAAUGGUGCGUUUUGAGGCAGACUUUGAAGAAUUUGGAGCCAACUGCGAAGGAAGUGGAUUACGCUUGCGGUUACUCCGACUGUACGGCCUUGACAGCCGGAGGAUCGUGCGGUCAAUUGGACCGGCGAGGCAGAAUUUCGUAUGCGUUUAACAUAUAUUUUCAGAUGCAGGAUCAGAACGUGGAGGCCUGUGUUUUCGAUGGAACCGCCGAGAUUGUGACCAAAAAUGCGACGGUUGGGAACUGCUUGUUUCCGAUCCAGAUUGUGAGCGGCGGAGAGAGGUUGAAGGCGGCGGCGGCGGCCAUGGUUGGGCUUGUGUUGAGCUUGUUUGUGUUAGGGCUGUGAGCAGUGAAGGAAUUUGGCGGGCAAUUUUGGGGAUUCAUUUUAUUUUAUUUUUUCUUUUUCUUUAUUUUUUUAAAUUCUUUUUGGUAUUUUCCAAGUUCAAAUUUUGUAGGGUUGAUAUAGCCUAGAGGAGAGAUGAAGCUAGAA